AAAAUCACUCAGGUCGGACAAAACUUGGAGGGCACUUUACCACGACUGACAUCACCGCCAAAACCCUCGACACCCGUUAACCCCCUCCAAAGUCAUCCCUUCCUCCUCUCCCACCGCUCAUUCGCCGCCAUACCACCGGGAGUUCCCGUUUUGACACACCUUGAAUCUCUAAUAAAGCAGGGAAGAUGAAUCUGAACAAUGUGAAGGUACCCAGGAUGCCUAAUGGUGGUGCAGCUUCUGCAUUGGUAAAGUUUGGAGCUGUUAUUGGUAUUGGAUUAUAUGCAGCUGGGAACAGUUUGUACAAUGUUGAAGGAGGGCAUCGAGCAAUUGUCUUCAACCGUAUUGUUGGUGUCAAAGAUAAGGUUUACCCAGAAGGGACCCACAUCAUGAUCCCUUGGUUUGAAAGGCCAAUCAUUUAUGAUGUUCGUGCACGACCCCAUCUUGUAGAAAGCAAUUCUGGUAGCCGUGAUCUUCAAAUGGUGAAAAUAGGGCUUAGAGUUCUUACGAGACCUGUUGCUGAUGAAUUACCUUCUGUGUAUCGAAGUCUUGGUGAGAAUUACAAUGAGAGAGUUCUCCCUUCAAUCAUUCAUGAAACUUUGAAAGCUGUGGUGGCUCAGUAUAAUGCUAGCCAACUCAUCACCCAGAGAGAGGCUGUUAGUAGGGAAAUAAGGAAAAUACUAACAGAAAGGGCAGCCAAUUUCAACAUUGCACUUGAUGACGUGUCAAUAACAAGUCUUACUUUUGGGAGAGAGUUUACAGCUGCCAUUGAAGCAAAACAAGUCGCUGCACAGGAAGCUGAGAGGGCUAAGUUUGUGGUGGAGAAGGCUGAGCAAGAUAAGAGAAGUGCAAUCAUCAGAGCUCAGGGAGAAGCAAAAAGUGCCCAACUGAUUGGUCAAGCGAUUGCCAACAAUCCCGCAUUUAUAACACUCAGAAAAAUCGAAGCUGCUAGAGAAAUAGCAACAACAAUGGCUAAUUCAUCCAACAAAGUCCUUUUAAACGCCGAUAAUCUUUUGCUAAAUCUUCAAGAAAUGAGCCUCGAAAAAAAAUAAUUAACAUUCGUUUUCAAAACGAGAAAUGAUUUUGUAAUGGAAGUGGGAUGGCUACUAAAAAGCAUAAAAAGUUGUGGGUGCUAUUUGAUCUUCAAGAUAUUGGAUAUUUUUCUAUAUUAACUACCUCUUUGGUCAUGUCUUUAUUGGGUGUUUUUUUUUUCCCUCUUGUUAUGCGCAACAAAGAAGCUUCUAUUGUCGGGAUAAACUUGUAAUUUUGGUUUGUGCAUUGGAGAAUGUUUGUAAAGAUAGCUUUUAUUGAUGUGACAAAGUAAAUAUGUUUUAGAAGAGGCCAACAAUUGUAAGUGACCUUAAAAAAGCUACAUCUUUAUCUUUUAAUGGAUUUAGAGAACCGUGUAUUGUUCUAUAACUAGAAAAAAAACCCGGGUUUCACCCUAUGUCAGUUUUAUCGUAUUUUAUUUUUAUUUUUUUACGUAUG